AUAGCAGUAGCAGUAGCAACAGACACAGCAAAGGCAACAGCAACAGCAACAGGGUAAAAACUGCAAGCUGCAAAACCGGAAAUUCUAGAUGUCUCGGAUCUCACGAUCCCCAAGAAGGCAGACUGACUAUAAACCAAAACAAACAAACAAAAAACACUUGAAGUUGCUGUAAACUAAAGCGGUACUUUGUCUUCAGAAGCAAAGCGCGACAAACCGAAUCGAACAGAAUCGCAAGAAAACAAAAGCACAAAAAAGCAUAAGCCCACAAAAAAGUGACACAAAUAAAGCAAAGCAAAGCAGAGCAAAGCAAAGUAUCGCCGCCGCCGCCGCCUUUCCCGGGGUCCAGUGUCGUCCAGUCGAUCUGGCGUACCUAUAGCAGCCCAUGAGAAAACGCUGAGUGUUGAGUUUAUUUCUGAUUUUUGUUUCUGUGUCGGUUUCUGCGGGUUUCGCUUUUUUUUUGUUCCGUUGUUGUUAUUAUUGUUGCUGCUGUGGCCAGCAGAAGAAAGAGGAAAAAUCGACGGAAAAUCGUGCGCUCUUAAAGUAACAUAUUUAUUUUUAACAAUUUCGCAAGCGUUCAAAUUUUGCUCCAGCAAAAAAUUAGAACUCAAAGCCAGACAGACAGACAGACCGACGGACAGACGGAGAGACAAGAAUAUAGAUCGCCAGCGAUCGUUAAGAAAAACCAAAACAGCCGGCAAUUGUGGCUCUUUAGCUGGGAUCUAGCUGGGAAGAACAACAUAACAGGGCCAGCGAGAGCAAGAGCCAGAAGGAAACGCAGGACAAUUGAGGAGGAGCCAAGGAUUGGCAGAGAUAUGUCCGCAGCCGCUUGCGCCCGCUUCUGUACGCCGUUGACAGCUGGAGGCGGUGGCGGCGCCAACAAAGCCAAGUCCAACACAUCAGGCACAGGAUCCUCGUCAAAAUUGACAACAGGAACAGGAAACAGCAGCAUGACGUCAUCGUACAAGAAGAAAAGUCCAGCAAGUGACACCAACACAGAGGCGUCGUUCACAUUCAAAUUGGGCCGUGCAAAUGGCAGCAGCGGCAACGGCAGCAGCAGCCACGGUGUGGGUGGCGGUGGCGGCGGCCAUAGCGUUGCCUCAAGUGAGUCAUCAGAUCCUUUGGAAUCCGAUUACAGCGAGGAGGAAGAAGAGGAGCCAGAGCCGAAGCCGGAGCAGAGCAGCCACGUAAGCAGCCGGAGCAGCAGCAGUGCCACAACCACAACAAGCUCCGCUGACCAUGAAAAUGAGGUGGACGAGGAGGAGGACGAUGACGAUGAGAAUGAUGGCGAUGGUCGUGACGGCGACGACGUUACCAAUGAUUCCAACGAAAGCAUCGAGGAGGAUGACGGCAAUGAGACCGACGACGAGGAGGACGAGGAUGACUCCGAUGAGAGCAGCAGUGUCCAGACGGCCAAGGGAGUUCGCAAAUAUCACUUGGACGACUACCAAAUUAUUAAAACUGUGGGCACUGGCACCUUUGGACGCGUGUGCCUAUGCCGCGAUCGUAUUUCGGAGAAGUAUUGUGCGAUGAAGAUUUUGGCCAUGACCGAAGUCAUUCGUCUAAAGCAGAUUGAACACGUCAAGAACGAGCGGAAUAUAUUGCGCGAAAUACGACAUCCGUUUGUCAUCAGUUUGGAAUGGUCCACAAAAGAUGACUCAAACCUAUAUAUGAUCUUCGACUAUGUCUGCGGCGGCGAGCUGUUCACAUAUCUGCGUAAUGCAGGCAAAUUUACUAGUCAAACUUCCAACUUCUUUGCGGCUGAGAUCGUCAGCGCCCUGGAGUACCUACACUCUCUACAGAUUGUCUACCGUGAUCUGAAGCCAGAGAAUCUGCUGAUCAAUCGCGAUGGCCAUUUGAAAAUCACAGAUUUUGGUUUUGCCAAAAAAUUAAGGGACCGCACCUGGACCUUGUGCGGAACGCCCGAGUAUAUAGCACCUGAGAUAAUACAAUCGAAGGGCCACAACAAGGCCGUGGAUUGGUGGGCAUUGGGUGUUCUCAUUUAUGAAAUGCUGGUGGGCUAUCCACCAUUCUACGAUGAGCAGCCCUUUGGCAUAUACGAAAAGAUAUUGAGUGGAAAAAUCGAAUGGGAACGUCAUAUGGAUCCCAUUGCUAAAGACUUGAUCAAGAAGCUGUUGGUGAAUGAUAGAACCAAGCGACUGGGCAACAUGAAGAACGGUGCCGAUGACGUGAAGAGGCAUCGCUGGUUCAAGCACUUGAAUUGGAAUGACGUCUACAACAAGAAACUAAAGCCACCAAUUUUGCCCGAUGUACAUCAUGAUGGGGAUACGAAAAAUUUUGAUGAUUAUCCCGAGCAGGAUUGGAAGCCGGCCAAGGCAGUAGACCAAAGAGAUUUGCAGUACUUUAAUGAUUUCUAAAAGAAGAAAUAAAUUGUCGUUGAUUUCUUGAAAUUAUUUUUUGUUUUCUGUUGAAAAUUGUUAUAAUUUUGCGAUGGCAAGAACAUUCAUUAUUUAUACUGGCAAUUAAGUGUUUAAAGUGCUGUGCUAAAGCAAUGAUAUCUAACGGUACGAUACAUCUACAUAUACAUAUACAUACAUAAAACUAUACCUACUAUAAUCUACGACUAUAUAUAUACAUAUAUAUAUAAAAAAAGAUACAUACAUACAUGUACAAUAAGCCUAAGUUUAUACCCGUAAUGUUAUUUCUAGCGUGUGACGUCUCUAUUAUUAUUAUAUUUAAUUGUUUAAAUGUUCAGAUUUCGAGCAAUCCCCGCCCCCAUACAAUACACACACACCCACCCAUAAAAGUAUAGCUACAUUACAGUAGAAACUGUACUAUUAAACAACAACCAUGAAAAUAUUAACGUAAAACGUUAACGUUGAAUAAAGUGAUAUAAAAUUGAA